UGGUUGUUCAGUUUCUACACAAACUCUCAUAUGAGUUGAGCUGCAGCAGAGUUGCUGCUGAUUUGAUGCUCUGCUCCUGACAUCUGAAAAGGGCUUUGAAAGUGAACAUAAAGUUGCACAUUCGCCGUGCACAAGCAAGCAAAAAUGGGAGUUGGGGAUGGACGGGACCAGUAUGAGCUGGCGGCAACGUCAGAUCAAGGAGGGAAGAAAAAGAACAAAGCCAAAAAGAAGGAGAAAGAUAUGGAUGAGCUGAAAAAGGAAGUGGAUUUGGAUGAUCACAAACUGACUUUGGAAGAGCUCCACCGUAAAUAUGGUACAGACUUGAGCAGAGGUCUUACAAGCGCCCGUGCGGCAGAGAUUCUGAUCCGUGAUGGACCUAAUGCCCUCACUCCACCUCCAACUAUCCCAGAAUGGGUGAAGUUCUGUAAGCAGAUGUUUGGAGGUUUCUCCAUGCUAUUGUGGACUGGUGCCGUUCUCUGCUUUCUUGCAUAUGGUAUUCAGGCAGCAAUGGAGGAUGAGCCUGCCAAUGACAAUCUGUAUUUGGGAGUUGUGUUAUCAGCUGUGGUGAUCAUCACCGGAUGUUUCUCAUACUAUCAAGAUGCUAAGAGCUCAAAAAUUAUGGACUCUUUCAAGAAUUUGGUUCCCCAGCAAGCAUUGGUUGUCCGUGAUGGUGAGAAGAAGCAAAUUAACGCUGAAAACGUGGUGGUUGGUGAUCUGGUGGAAGUAAAAGGUGGUGACAGGAUCCCUGCUGACCUGAGAAUCAUAGCCUCACAUGGCUGCAAGGUGGAUAACUCCUCACUGACUGGAGAAUCAGAGCCUCAGACACGGUCCCCGGAUUUCUCAAAUGAUAAUCCACUAGAGACCAGGAAUAUUGCUUUCUUCUCCACCAAUUGUGUAGAAGGUACUGCACGCGGCAUCGUCAUCAGCACCGGAGACCGUACUGUAAUGGGCCGAAUUGCAACACUUGCGUCUGGUCUAGAGGUUGGGCGCACCCCCAUUUCCAUUGAGAUCGAACACUUCAUCCACAUCAUCACAGGCGUGGCUGUCUUCCUGGGUGUCUCUUUCUUUAUUCUGUCUCUCGUUCUUGGUUACUCCUGGUUGGAGGCUGUUAUCUUUCUUAUUGGCAUCAUUGUGGCCAAUGUGCCUGAAGGUCUUCUUGCUACAGUCACGGUUUGUCUCACCCUCACAGCUAAACGUAUGGCUAAGAAAAACUGUUUGGUUAAGAACCUUGAGGCCGUUGAAACCCUGGGCUCAACCUCAACCAUCUGUUCUGAUAAAACUGGCACAUUAACGCAGAAUCGCAUGACUGUAGCUCACAUGUGGUUUGAUAACCAGAUCCAUGAGGCUGACACCACAGAAAAUCAGAGCGGGACCUCCUUUGACCGCAGCUCGGCCACCUGGACUGCAUUGGCACGCAUUGCUGGGCUCUGCAACAGGGCUGUGUUCCUGGCAGAACAGACCGAUGUGCCAAUUCUGAAGAGAGAUGUUGCUGGGGAUGCGUCUGAAUCUGCUCUGCUGAAAUGCAUUGAGCUUUGCUGUGGAUCAGUCAAAGAAAUGAGAGAAAAGUACACCAAAGUGGCGGAAAUCCCUUUCAACUCUACAAACAAAUAUCAGUUGUCAGUGCACAAGAACCCAAAUGGUGGCACAGAGUCUAAACACCUGCUGGUCGUGAAAGGAGCCCCAGAGAGAAUCCUGGACCGCUGUGCUACUAUACUGAUACAAGGGAAGGAGCAGCCUUUGGAUGAUGAAAUGAAAGAAUCCUUUCAGAAUGCUUAUCUGGAGCUUGGGGGCCUUGGAGAAAGAGUUUUGGGCUUCUGUCAUUUCUACCUCCCUGAUGAACAGUUUCCAGAAGGUUUCCAGUUUGAUACUGAGGAUGUGAAUUUCCCUACGGAGAAUCUGUGCUUUGUGGGUCUCAUGUCAAUGAUCGACCCUCCACGUGCUGCUGUACCUGAUGCUGUAGGCAAAUGCAGAAGUGCAGGAAUAAAGGUUAUCAUGGUAACUGGUGACCAUCCAAUCACUGCAAAAGCCAUAGCAAAGGGUGUUGGGAUUAUUUCUGAGGGUAAUGAGACUGUGGAAGACAUUGCUGCUCGCUUGAAUAUACCUGUCAAUGAGGUCAACCCCAGAGAUGCAAAGGCCUGUGUGGUUCAUGGUGGAGACCUGAAGGACCUCACGGCUGAACAGCUAGAUGAUAUUCUGAAGUACCACACAGAAAUUGUGUUCGCCAGAACGUCACCACAGCAGAAACUGAUUAUUGUUGAGGGGUGUCAGCGACAGGGAGCCAUUGUGGCUGUAACAGGGGAUGGUGUGAAUGAUUCUCCUGCACUGAAGAAGGCUGAUAUUGGUGUUGCUAUGGGCAUUGCUGGCUCAGACGUGUCCAAACAGGCUGCCGACAUGAUCCUGCUAGAUGACAACUUCGCCUCAAUCGUCACAGGCGUAGAAGAAGGGCGUCUGAUCUUUGACAACUUGAAGAAGUCCAUUGCUUACACCCUGACCAGUAACAUCCCUGAGAUCACACCCUUUCUGUUCUUCAUUAUCGCCAACAUCCCCUUGCCUUUAGGAACUGUUACCAUUCUGUGUAUUGACCUGGGAACAGACAUGGUCCCUGCUAUUUCUCUGGCAUAUGAGGCUGCUGAGAGUGAUAUCAUGAAGAGACAACCCAGAAACCCUAAAACAGACAAGUUGGUGAAUGAAAGACUUAUUAGCAUUGCAUAUGGGCAGAUAGGUAUGAUUCAGGCUCUGGCUGGAUUUUUUGCAUACUUUGUCAUUCUUGCCGAAAAUGGCUUUUUACCAUCAAGACUACUAGGAAUUCGUGUUGGUUGGGAUGACAAACAUAUUAAUGACCUGGAGGACAGUUACGGACAACAGUGGACAUAUGAACAGAGAAAGAUUGUGGAGUUCACUUGCCACACAGCGUUCUUCGCCAGCAUUGUGAUUGUGCAGUGGGCCGAUCUGAUUAUCUGCAAGACCAGGCGUAAUUCUGUCUUCCAGCAGGGAAUGAAGAACAAAAUCCUGAUCUUUGGAUUGUUUGAGGAAACAGCACUAGCGGCUUUCUUGUCUUACUGCCCUGGCAUGGAUGUGGCUCUCAGAAUGUACCCACUCAAGCUCAAUUGGUGGUUCUGUGCCUUGCCGUACUCUCUUCUCAUCUUUAUUUAUGAUGAAAUCAGAAAGCUCGUCCUUAGAAGGAACCCUGGAGGUUGGGUGGAAAGAGAGACGUACUACUAGACCAUCAUGUUAGCAAUACAUUUGUGAGCUAUCUUUGUGGCGUUACAGUAGUUUAUCUCUUCUGAAAUUAACCUGUAAAUUUUAAAAUAUUUUUAUAUAGAACAAUUGUAGUACUGAGAUCAUGCUGACACUACAUGCCGUGCUUAGACUUGAAAAACUUGAAAAGUUUUUAAUUGUGUAAUUUGAAUAAACUGUCGACUUCACUAAAGAUGUGGUCUCAUUCAGUAACUUUCUGUCUUGUAAGUGACAGUACGAUUUCUGAUUUUUUUUUUUGUAUGUUAUGUUAAUUAUCUUGGUACAGUAAGGAUGGAAUAUCCAUAUUGAUGGUCAAUAUGGAUAUAUACAGUAAAUGUGCCAGUGAUGUUUUUGUGAAGGUAGCAAGUGAUGUUUUUGCAAGUCUGUACUGCGUAUUAUAGUGUAAUUAAUUAAUUUCUAAAUAAAUAUAUUUAAGUGUAUUAUUAAGACACAUCAAUAUGAACAUAGUGCCUAUGUUGCUUGUUAUAUAGUUUGUACUAAAAUGUGUUUUUCUGUCUUCAUUCAGUCAACUUUCUCACUGAAUGGUUCUUUCAAGAUGGCUAAGAGCCUAGUAACCCAGAAGAAUAGAAUCGUGUUGGCAUGGAUACACAGCAGUAGCCCUAAACUAUUUCAUUUAGAAUUUAAGGAACAGAAUGUGCCUGUAUUUUCUCUUUGUUUUUCAUUCAUUUAGAACCCACUGGAAUGUUAAACCACUCUUUGCUUUUUGUUAUUCUGCAGUGGUGUUACUGGGUUGAUUUGGCUUACACACACACACACACACACAAACUAAGCUAACACUGCACAAAAAUUCAUCUUUCUGAACUACUUUUUUGAUAAAUCAUGACUGCAUGAUUCAUUUUGAGCAUGAGCAAUAUGAAAGGGCAGUGACUUCUAGAUCAAUACUUUUCAGCCCACUAUAGAUAAAUCAUGAUUUAUUAGUGCAAAGUCCAUGCUUUUUGUUUUUGCAGACAAAUUAAUUACUAAAAUUUAUCUCAGUCAAACUUUCUUUUUGUGAAUGUGAUUAACAGAUUAACACUAACUAAUCAUCUCUGACUGAAUGUGACAAACUACACUCAAACUCAAGACAAUAUAUUCAAACCACCACAUAAAACUGUAGGCAAUUAGUUUUUUAUAAUAAUUAUGAAAAAUUAUUAUUUUUUGUUUAUCAGUAUUUGAACAUAUAUAGCUUACAUAUUAUUCAGCAGUAUCUUGGCAGUCAAGGUGACCCAAGUCCUGCUGAUCUUGAUCCAGAUCCUGACAGAGCCAGAUGGGUCUACAGUCAAUAUUACUCUCAUUAAUGUCAGUUCUGUCUUGUUUAAUUGCCUUUUUUAGCUUGCAUGUAUCUCCUUGUCAGCCUUCUUGUUCCACACAUUUUUACACCUGUGGCUUGUAAUCCUUUUUCAGUCAAUGUGAGCCAGAAACCCCAUUUUGUGAGCCAUAAUUUACUUGCAUUUUGUCAUUGCUUUCCUGAUUUCCUAUUGAAAGAAAUGUUUUAGAAUAUGAAUUGUCUGCAUUUGGGUUAAAAAAAUAUUACCUUUAUUAUGCAACUUCAUAUGCAUACCAAUUGCAUGCUUUUGUAGGCCAAUGCAAUGUGAUGUUCUUCUUUUUGAGAUGGAAAGUGUUUGACUCCAACCCAUAUGAGAAAGUAACUCUUCAAAGCACUAGAAGAGGCCUGCAGAGAUAUUAAGGUGUGGGAGGUAUGCUCCCACACCUUUUGGUGUGUUUUGGUGUCAGUAUUUAAAAAAAAAAAGAAAAAAAAAUUAAUAAAUGCAAUGUCUGAAAAGAAUGGUUGGAAUUUUAUGCAUUGUCUUUAUGUAAAUAUAAAACGCCCCAGAAGCAUAUAAAAAAGUGGCUGUUCAAACAAAAACAUUUUUUUCUUAAAUGUCUUAUAAAAAAAAGCUCUUUACAGGUAUUUCCUGGAUUGUUGAAACCUUUUCUUUAAAUUGCAAAUCUCUUGUAGUAAAUCAUUAGCUGACAACAUGCACGAGCUAAUGUAACUGCUGUAUCACUGCAUCAGCAACUACACAGUUACUGCCUUUAAAUAAAGCAACAUGCAGCAGAU